AUGUCGAAGCCUCUAGUUCUCUACACUGCACCUACCCCCAAUGGCCACAAAGUGUCUAUCAUGCUCGAAGAGCUCAAGGCGGCCUACGGGAACAUUGACUACGAUGUCGAGAAGAUCAACCUGACCGCGAAUGUCCAAAAAGAGCCAUGGUUCAUCGCAAUGAACCCAAACGGACGCAUCCCUGUUCUCAUUGACCGCUCCAAUACCACUGUUGCCCACCCGAAUGGAUUCCCCGUCUUCGAGAGUGCAGCGAUUUUGUUGUACCUCGUGCAAAAGUACGACAAGGAAGGGAAGUUCAAGUUUGAGAGCGGCAGCGAUGAGGAGAGCCAGAUGUUGCAAUGGAUCUUCUUUGCUCACGGAGGGGUCGGUCCUAUGCAAGGUCAAUCGCACCACUUCCGACACUAUGCUCCUGAAGAUGUGCCUUACGGCAAGAAACGCUAUGGGGAUGAGGUCGUUCGUCUUUAUGGUGUGCUCGAUAUCGGUCUUCAAGGCCGUGACUACCUGGUGGGUCCAGGAGCUGGGAAGCUCAGUGUCGCUGAUGUGAACGUCAUGCCAUGGGUGAGGUUUCACAAGCAUGCAGGUGUCGAGACCUUAGAUGCUUUCCCGAACCUGAAGGCUUGGCUCGAUCGGCUUCUGGAGAGAGAAACUGUAAAAGCUGGAAUAGCUAUCCCUUAG